AUGCGGCUUGUUGUUUUACUCUUCCAAUCGCUUUGCACAAGUACCCUCGCAGCAGCCCAAGCUUGCCCAGACUACGCCGACUACGCUGCUGCUCCACAUGCACCUUUCUCGGGUGGAGUGUAUAAUCUCUCCUACCAGAGGCCUGCGCCUAGUUGCCGGACCUUCACAUCACCAGCUGUCGAAAGCACCAUUGCCCGUCUGAACUCAACAAUUACAGACCCCGACCUUUCCCGCCUGUUCGAAAACAGCUUUCCCAAUACUUUAGACACUGCGAUCAAAUGGAAAGGGUACGCUGCAGACAACGCAGACGAGGAGUUAACGUUUGUCAUUACGGGAGACAUAAACGCUAUGUGGCUCAGGGACUCGGCCAACCAAAUGCAGUCCUACCUCUCUCUCCUCAAUACCACCACUGACACCUCUAACUCGUCCAAUGACACCAUAGCCUCACUCUACCGAGGCGUAAUUAAUCUGCAAUCCCGUUAUCUCCUAUCAAACCCCUACUGCAACUCCUUCCAGCCACCCUCCGAAUCCGGCCUCCCACCCUCUAUCAACAGCGCCGCUACCAACGACGUGGUGACCCCAUCAUACGCCAAUACCACGGUCUAUGAGUGUAAAUACGAGCUCGAUUCCCUCGCCGCAUUCCUCGAGAUCAGCACAGACUACUACAUGGCCACCAACGACCUCGCCUUCUUCUCGAAAUACAAUUGGGUCGCUGCGGUCCAAGCCGUUUUAAACACCGCUCAAUCCAUGACAAUCUCAACCUACGCAGCAAACGGCAGCGUCAACACCCUCCCUUACACUUUCCAACGCCUCACCACCUCCGCCGAAGAUACCCUCGCCAACAAGGGCACCGGAAACCCCGUCCACAACGGUACCGGCCUCAUCCGCUCCGCCUUCCGACCUUCAGACGACGCAUGCAUCUACCAAUUCUUCAUCCCCGCCAACAUGAUGUUCGCCCACCACCUCAACACCACCUCCGCCCUCCUAACCGCCAUGGGCACCACCAACAGCACGGACCUAGCCACCGAACUGACCGCCCUAUCCGCCUCCCUCACCGCCGCAAUCACCCGGCACGGAAUCGUCCCCGACCCCGUCCACGGCGCCGUCUACGCCUACGAAGUCGACGGCUACGGCGGACGCAACGUCAUGGACGACGCCAACAUCCCCUCCCUCCUCUCCGCGCCCCUCAUCCGCUACCUCGCCCAAAACGACUCCGUCUACCAGGCCACCCGCGCACUCUUGCUCCGUGCCGACACCGACCCUUAUUUCAUGCGCGGCUCCGUCAUCGACGCUGUCGGUGGGCCCCACGACGGUCCCGGGUUCGCCUGGCCGAUGGCGAGUAUCGUGCGCAUCUUUACGAGCGGGGAUGACGGGGAGGUGGCCGGUUCGUUGAAGGAGCUGGUGGCGUCUACGGAUGGUCUUGGCCUGAUCCACGAAAGUAUCAACACGUUCGAUCAGUCGAUUUACACGAGACCGUGGUUUUCCUGGGUAAACGGCCUGUUCGGACAGAUGGUUCUGGAUCUGGAGACGCGGAAGCCGGAGAUUUUGAAACGGAGCUUUCAGUGA